AUGACCGCGCACAGCUUUGCGCUGCCGCUGAUCCUCUUCUCCGCCUUCUGGGGCCUCGUGGGCGUCGCCGCGCCCUGGUUCGUGCCCAAGGGGCCCAACCGCGGGGUCACCAUCACCAUGCUGGUCACCGGCGCCGUGUGCUGCUACCUCUUCUGGCUCAUAGCCAUCUUGGCUCAGGCAACCCCCCUGUUUGGGCCCCAGCUGAAGAAUGAGACCAUCUGGUAUGUGCGCUUCCUGUGGGAGUGACCUGUGUCCAGCCCAGAAGGUACCAGGAAGGAGAUGAGAUCACCACCCAUCUAUCAUGCUCCUUCUGAAAUCCAGAUGUUGCCCCAUCCUCUGCACCCUCCAGUGCCGUCCUGCCAGAGCUGGACCCCAGGUCAGACCAGCUGCAGCACCACACCUGAGCCACUGCAUCGAGGAACCAAAAAGCAAAGGGCCACCUGUGCAGCCCUGUCUG